AUGCAGCAGAAAGUACUUAUCGUCACCCCAGUUGCCUUGUUCGAGCUUGCGGAUGGAAAGACCGUGGAGCGUGGAAAUUGUGCGUGCGCCGUCGUGGGGCUUCCGGGAGAUCGGCCCAGGUACAGCCUUGUGUGCUACAAUGAACGCCGCGAAACGCUCUGCGUGGGAGCCAUGGCCUCAGCCAAUGAGCACAGUCUUCAGUUUGAACUGCAGGCGAGCCUGUACGCUAGUUUUCGUGACAGCGCGGGGAGACGGUGGAGCUGCAUGUUUCUAAAGGAGUCGCAGGUGGAGUCUUUCCUGGCGGUGCUUGGGAUUGCCCUCUACGCCUUGGCGGGCCAACCCGCACACGCGACCGUCAUCAGCGACUUUGCGCCGCCGGCGGGGGAGGUCCGGCUCGGUCUGCAGCAUCGUGUGAAGGUGCGCUACUCCGCCUUUGCCAUCCGCAAGGGCGACGUGCUGCAGCUCGGGGAGCUGCUGGAGACGAACGGCGACCGCCCGUACAACUUUCAGCCGGUGCAGUCGACGAUGGCGCUGCACGCAGAGGCCAAGGGCUUCGAGUCGAGCGUGCUGGGCAUGAUGGAGGACACGUGGCGUACUGUCGUGGUGCCGGCGACGCUCCCGCGCUCGGGCGGGAGGCGGCUGUACGGCGGCGACAGCGUGGCCUUCGUGCUGCAAGUCGUCCGCAUUCUCCACGACGAGGCCCCCAUGACGGCGGAGGCCAAAGUGCCCGCGGUGUUCGCCGACGCCGACGACGGCAACGCCGCCGCCCUGGUUCCGGUCUCCGCGCCGGCGCGGGACGCGAACGGCACGAAGAUUGUCGUGCUGCACACGGAACGGCGGGAGGGGGCCGACGACGACGCGGUGCGUCUGCGCACCUCCGCCUGCGGCGCGGCGGGCGGCGGCGUGCCCACGGAGCACAUGGCGCUGCUGCAAAAGUUGGGGGCGCAGAUCAACCGCGCCACGACCGACGCGCGUGACGUGCGUGACGUUGCCGUGGGCGUGACCGGGGAGUGGAGGCAGGCCGUCGACCGACCGACGCCGUCGGCCCUGACAAACGCGGCUCUGGAGCAGUCCGUGAAGCGGCUCGUGAUGGAGAACGAACGCGUCGUGGACGACAUCGCCCGCCGCGAUGAGCUGCUGCAGGCGCUUGACCAGCGAAAUCGCGAGCUGCAGAAGCGUGUGGAUGUCGCGGCGAUGGUGGCGCAGCAGCUGCUCGACGAAAAGAACGACUCGGUGCGCACCGCCUCGGAGGUGAAGCUGGAGAAGGAACGCCUUGUCAUGAAGCUGCAGGAGCAGAUCAACCAGGCGGCGCAAGAGCGGGACGACACCCAGCGUCAUCUUCAGACCGUCAAGAAACUGCUUGCGGUGUCGGACGAGGAGCUGAGCCAGAUACGAGGCAAGGCCGACGUUCACGCCAUACAGGCAGGGAGCAUUGUGGCAAAGCUGGACACCACACAGGACGCCUUGGCUGAGGAACGUGCACGUCGCAAAGGACUGGAGGCGAAGGUGAUGACUCUGCAGGAGGAGAUUCGAAACGCCGAGGCGGAGCUGCACAUCAAAAACGCUCAACUAGAGGAACUGCGUCGCACGGCCGACAUGGAGCGGGCACACUACGCCCAAAUCAUGGAGGAUGAGCGGCAGCGUCGUGGGUUUGAGGCACAGCAGUUGCGUAGUGAGAUUGUCUCGGAUCUGCAGUCGCGCGAGGCCAAGUAUCAGGCGGAUCGUGCUCGUGUGGCGGAGGACAACUUCAGGCGCGGGCAGGCCGAGGGCAAAGAGAUUGGCAGGCGCGAGGCCCGCAUUCAUGUAGAGACGCAGCUGGAAGAGCUUCAGCUUGACGCACAGCGGGCCCUGACAGAGCUGGAUGCAUCCAAAACCGAGCUACGGCGUGUUAUUGAGGAGGGCAUGGCGCAGAACCGCACCCUUGGGUCCAAAGUGGCGGAGCUCAAAAGGCAAAUGUAUGAGGAGACGCGAAAACGAGUGCGGUUGGAGUUUCAGUUGCAUGACAUGCGCGCCAAGGUGCGGUGUGCGCAGGACAACCUCAUGGCUGCCUUCACGUCUGUUGUGUACCGGCUGCAGCGUCCAGCGGAGGCGGUGGACUUGCUGCAGCUCCUGGACGCGCUCAGGCAGCGGCGGAAGUUGGAUUUCAGCUUUGAGAAGCGGAGUCAGGCGGCAGAGGAGCUGGAGGCCGUGCAGCGUCGCCAUGAAUGGAUUGAGUCGAGCAUGCUGUCUCUGUACCACAGCAGAGCGAAGGCGAUUUAUCUUGCCUGUGUGGAGCCACUGCUGGCGGAGCAGGCGGCGACAGCGGAGGCGGUGCGCCGUCUUUGGCUGGAACGCGACGGUAGCGCCCACUAUGAACUCAGCGCGGCGGAAACGCACGAGCGGGGCGUGAUUACGCAGGCAAUGGAAUCCUUCUUCCAGGAACUCUCCGCGUUUUUCACGGGGCAAAUGCGGCAGCGCGCUGAACUCGUUCAUGAGGCAGAGAGGGCAUGCAGAGCGAGCUUGGAGGAAUACAUGGCGGUUGCUGAGGCGAUCAAUGCACAUCGGCUUGGCGAACUUCAGGCGCGGCGGGAAGUGAAAGGGGCCUGCAUGGCGGCACGCAGCGUCACGGAGGAGGAGCAGGCGACGGCGUUCCGCCGUCUCUUGUCGGAGGCGUUGGCGGCCGCGAUCACGCUGGGGCAGAGCGCCUUCAUGGAGGCAGAGGAGCGGGAGCGGGCCAGCCUUGAUGCGGACCAGUGCGCUGAGUUUAGCGGGAUGCUCUUUGACUGCGGCGCGGGGCUGGCGACGCUGCGGCGUCUCGCGGCUGUCGCUGAAGCGCAGCAGAAACUGAUGGCGGCAGAGGCGCAAUCCCGGGCGGGUGUUGCGGCGGCGGCGGAAGUUGCCCUGCGGGGUCUCACCGAGGAGGAGUUGCGGCAGCGACCGCCGCCGCUGCAGUCGCCGGUUGCAGAGGCGGCGAGUGGUGCAGCGGCCUCCGACACGCACCGUCCGCAGCGCCCCGGGGAGGGGGAGGGGGAGGAGGAGGAGGAGCGGGCGCCUUUGCACCCACUGGGGGCGGCGGGCCAAAACCCCCCGCCGCGCGAGUGCGCCACGAGCGACAGCAGCGACGCGAACGCCGCCGCGGCGCCACCACCGCCGGCCGCCCGUGUUGCCCCGCUACCCACGCAAGCGGCGGUGGCGAAGCCCAACCUCUUCGGUUCCUCUAGCGACGACGACGAUAGCGGCGGUGGGAAUGCGAGGCCGCUGCCAGCGGUGCAGAGGCCCGCGGCGGCCAGGCGCAUGCCCCCGCCGAAGGCCAAGCUUUUUGACAGCAGUGACAGCAGUGACUAG